AUGGAGAAGCUUUACAGGUGUCUGCUGAUCUUACUGGGACUUCUAUUAGUUCAGGAGAAGGCAAAUGCAACAGAAGGAAAUGUGGCAUUAGAUGGAGUGGCAACACAAUCCUCAACAUUUGAAGUCUGGUCUGCUGACAGAGGAAUUGAUGGUAAUCGAGGUCUCCUGCAGCAGUAUAGCGGGUGCUCUGAAACCGCUCCUGGGAAUAGUAACCCGUGGUGGAGACUGGAUCUGCGUGACGUGUACUGUGUGAACAGAGUCGUCGUUACAAGCAGAUACGACUGCUGUCCAGAACGAGUAAACAGAGCAGAGAUUCGCAUCGGAAACUCUCUGGAGAACAAUGGCAACAACAAUCCCCUAUGUGCUGUUAUUCCUGGUAUACCAGCAGGUCAGUCCUAUAACUACCCAUGUGGUGGAAUGGUGGGACGUUAUGUGAAUGUUUUCCUUCCUGGAAAUGAAAAGAUUCUUACACUGUGUGAGGUGGAGGUCUAUGUUGAAGAAAUCUGUAAACAGAGAACUGCUGUAAAGAUGGGGUUCAGCUCCAAAGAGGAUUUGACUGACUUUACAAUAAGAGAAAAAAUCCUUCAACAGCUGCCAUAUUUCCCCAACACAAUGGGUCUCAAACUGAUGGCCUCCAAGGGGGCUCAAGAUGGAUUCAGGGGGCCACAGAUUUGA